GUUUACACCCAGCCAUAGAUCUGGCCGCGGACUUCUCAAUUCAUUCACAACAACGGUUCAUAAUCCCAAGAAAACACACAGUGACAAGCAAACCACAACAUGUCCAAAAUCACCAAGAAGAGAAAGCGCGAUCAACCAGAACCAGACGCCGUUCCCGCGAAAGCCGACGUCGAUACAUCCUCCCCUCCACCCAUUGUCGGCUCGUCCUCCAAAAAGUCCAAGGGUCGAGCGAAGCAGGAGAGAUCAGAGAGAAGAGCCAAGAAGAGAAAAGACUCAAACAAGACGUCCCCUGAACAAAAUGGUGAACAAGCAGACGAUGCCAAAUCAACUGGCCGUCCGAAGAAGAACUCGAAGUCUACAAGCACAGAUUUAGUCGAGGAAUCCUCCAAAACCGAAGAAACUCUUGUUACUUCCAAGAAGCGAAAAUCCACCAGUGACCAACAGCCUGAUCUCGAGGUCACUAAAAAGAGCAAGAAAACGCAUGCACCUCUAGCCGACGAACAGACAGAGGAUCCGGAACCUCGAUCUGGGAAGUCUCCGGCAAGAUUCAUUGUCUUUGUUGGAAAUCUACCGUUUGACGCCACUGCCGAACAAGUCACACAACACUUUGUCAAGCUUGCCCCAGUAUCGGUACGUCUCUCCACCGACAAGCAAACUGGUCGAUCCAAGGGCUUUGCAUUUGUCGAGUUUGACGGCUACGAUAAGAUGAAGACCUGUUUAUCACUGUAUCAUCAUUCCAUCUUUGAUCCAGAGAGCAAAGGGAAAACGACACCAGAGACUAGCAAAACCGGGGUCCAGGUCAAUGGCGAGAAGCUACGGGGCCGCCGCAUCAACGUGGAGCUGACGGCCGGAGGAGGUGGUAAGAAGAGCAAAGGGAGAAGGGAUCGGAUUGAAAGCAAGAAUAAGAAGCUUAGCGAGCAACGAGAGCGGCGCAGGAUCAAAGAGAUGAAGGAAAGGGGGGAAGGGGUUCCGCAAAAGAAGGAGGUUGUCUCGACCGGCGCGAACACAGCCCAACCAGAUAACGGUGACAUCCAUCCCAGUCGUCUGGCGCAGAUGAGAUAUUGAUGCGGUCUGGUUGCGCCCGGUUUCACCACUGCACAGAAGACGUCUCGCUGUUGCCGGGGAUAAACUCAAUCAGAUUCGACUUUAACAAAUCCUCAGAUGCCACACCUUCCUAACUCGACGCCGUCUGUUCCUUGGCCAAAAGUAUGUUGCUGGACCGAUUUAUGUGGGAAAUGUGUUAAAAAGAGGAGACGUGGAUGUCCGUCCAAGACUGCUGAGUGCGGCUUUUCCCAUGCCCCCGACCGGUCAAGAGCCAGCAUGUGGAGUGCAUCGAAGCAGCCAAAUCCCUAUCCGUCUUUUUCUACGUGCAUCCUCGCCAAAAAGAUGAAUAGUGGCUC